UUACGGAAAGAUAGAGAAAAUAUAUACAUGUAGUUUACGGCAAAAUAGUUAAGGUUAUAGGUAUAGAAUUACGGAAAGAUAGAGAAAAUAUGUACAUGUAGUUUACGACAAAAUAGUUAAGGUUAUAGGUAUAGAAUUGCGUUUAUAUUUUAGGCGUAACGAGGAAUGAAUACAGGAACAUGGCGAAGGUUUAAUGCAACUUGACUGGUCGUGUGCACUCUGCAAUCGUCCAGAUCCAGAGGAGCCAGCAGAUGAUUCCUUUAACAUAUCAACGGCAUUCCAGGUUACCGAAGCGACACAUGAGGAAUCCUUGCCACUUGAGACUUCAACUCUUGAUGAUGUGGAACCUGAAGAUCUGCCAACAUCUUACCAGGAGGUCAGCCAAGGUUCCAAGCGUGGAAACCGAAAGCUAGUUGAUAGCAAUGGCUAUAGCUACACUGUCUUGAAGUCAAGGUGUACCGACACUAGGGUGUUUUGGAGAUGCAUUAAGAGAGGCAAGGCGCUGAAUUGUCCUGCUACGAUUAUACAGACAGGGAACACCUACACUGAGGGGAAGAAACAGCAUCUUCAUCCUGGACAACCGGGUAUAUUGACUACAGUCAAAAUCCGUGCAGAGAAAUAUUUCCUAGAGAAAAAAAAGAAUAUAUUAGCCUACCAAAUGGAUGUUGACUACGCAGACUUUUGA